AUGCCAUCGAACUCGCACGAGACAAGAGAUGACGAGAUGCCAUCGAACUCGCACGCGACAAAGGAUGACGGGAUUCCAUCGAACUCGCGCGUGACAAGAGAUGACGGGAUGCCAUCAGAGUCGCACGCGACAAGGGAUGACGGGAUUCCAUCAGACUCGCACGCGACAAGGGAUGACGGGAUUCCAUCAGACUCGCACGUGACAAGGGAUGACGGGAUGCGAUUGAACUCGCACGCGACAAGAGAUGACAGAAUGUCAUCGGACUCGCACGUGACAAGGGAUGACGAGAUUUCAUCAGACUCGCACGUGACAAGGGAUGACGGGAUUCGUCAGACUCGCACGCGACAAGAGAUGACGGGAUGCCAUCGGACUCGCGCUUGA